AUGCUUGCCGGCUACAACUGCACCAUAUUUGCCUACGGACAGACAGGCACCGGAAAGACGUACACCAUGUCCGGAGACAUGACCGAGACCAUGGGAAUGCUCUCCGACGAGGCCGGCAUCAUUCCACGCGUGCUGCAGCAGCUCUUUUACAAGCUUGACCUCGACAACUCGGAAAAUUGCGUCAAGUGUUCGUUCAUCGAACUCUACAACGAGGAGCUCCGCGACCUCCUCUCGAUCGAGGAAACAGCCAAGCUGAAAAUAUUCGACGACGUGUCGAAACGGGGCGGCCACGCCGGGACAAUCAUACAGGGUAUGGAGGAGAAGCAUAUCAAGAACGCGUCGGAGGGUAUCAAGGUGCUUCAGGAUGGCAGCUUGAAACGCCAGGUGGCGGCGACCAAGUGCAACGAUCUCAGCUCGCGAAGCCACACCGUCUUCACCAUCACCGUCUACGUCAAGAAGUCGUCCGAAAACGGCGCCGACGACUUUGUCAGCGCCGGAAAGCUCAACCUCGUCGACUUGGCCGGCAGCGAAAACAUCCAGCGAUCGGGUGCGGAGAACAAGCGGGCGGCUGAGGCCGGCCUGAUCAACAAGUCGCUUCUCACGCUCGGUCGGGUCAUCAACGCCCUCGUCGACCGCAGCGCCCACAUUCCCUACCGCGAGUCGAAGCUGACCCGGCUGCUUCAAGACUCGCUCGGCGGCCGGACGAAGACGUGCAUCAUCGCGACGAUAUCCCCGGCCAAGAGCAACCUCGAGGAGACCAUCUCGACUCUCGAAUACGCCUUCCGGGCCAAGAAUAUUCAAAACAAGCCGCAGAUGAACCCGAUGCUCAACAAAAAGAUGCUUCUCAUGGAGUUUGCCAGUGAGAUAGAGAAGCUUAAAAGCGAGCUCAUCUCGACGAGGCAGCGAAACGGCGUCUACCUGUCCACCGACGCCUUCGAGGAGAUGACGGCCCAGAGCGAAUCGCGACGGAUCGUGUUGGAGGAGCAGACGGCCAAGAUGGAAACGUUGGAGACGAACUUGCGAAGCAAGGUCCAUGAGCUUUUCUCCCUCAACACCUCGUUCUUGGGCCUGAAGAAGGAUCACGAGGGGACGAAGACGCAGCUGGACGAGGCCAACGGCGUCCUCGACCAGACCAAGAUCAUCCUCGACGCGACGCGACGGAACUUGGCGGAAGAGAGGCAUCUAAGGAGAGCGCACGAGGAGACGGAGGAGAAGCUCGCCGAGAUUGGCGACGAACUCAUCGGCAAGCUCGGCAGGACGGUCGACGACGUCGCCGGCCUUCACGCGAAGAACAGGCGCAAGUCCGACCUGCAGUCCCUAAACCGUGCCGCUUGGGGCACAUCGCAGUCGCAGGUUGCCGAUGUCACGUCCAUGGUCGAGAGGCGAGUGCACGAAUUUCGGAAAGAGCAGACCGAGCAUGUGUUGGCCAUCUCGAACCGCAUGCGGGACUUUGUCCGCGAUGAGCUGCAAACGGUCUUGGCGACGCAGGUUGCCCUCAACGAGCAUGUCUCCAAGUUCACGGAAUCGAAGAAAGAGAUGCUGCAACGGAAGCAGCAGUCAAAAGAGGACAUGGAUGAAGUGUUGGACGAAAUCAAGGUGAUCCGCGACAACGUCAAGGACAAGAUGGGACUGAGCCUGCACGUCAUUUCCGAUGCGGCGGAAAGGAUCUCGGCGGAUGUUCUGCAAGAGAUGACGGACUUUCACGGCACACUGCACAACUCCUACAGCUGCCUCGGCAGGGACUUUAAGUCGCUCUUCGAGGACCUUGUCAGGCACAUCACGCUCCAGCGCAGCGAGACGGACAACCUGCGCCGUCAGCUGCAGGGCGCCUUGAGCACCAUCGUCCUUCAGAACGCCGCCAUCUCCGCCCGCGUUCAGGAGGCCCUGGAUGAGGAGCGCCGGCAGUCUGCCGAAGAUCGCCAGAAGCUGCUGUCGCAGAUGACGGCCCUCGUAAGCGCGCACGCAGAAUCGCAAGAUGCGAGGGCGGCCGACAAGGCGUCUCACGUCCAAAAGGCUGUCGCAGACACGAGGCUGUCGCUGGAGGGUGCCAUGUCACAGUACGGCGAAGGCAUGGACGCGUGGGACGGGAAGGCGAGCGAGCUGCUCGAGGAUGUCAAGAAGACGCGCGACGAACUCAAAACUCGCUUAAAGGACGACUGGUCGACGGCGAGCGAGCAGAGCACGGCGAUUCAGAACGCCGUCAAGUUGGUGCACGCGGAGACGGUUCGCGAGGUGGGAGAGCAGAUGGAGCAUCUCGAUACCCAGAUGGAAGCACUGCAUGACUUCGUCGCCCGCGCGCGGUCCGAGAACGCGCAUCAUCACGAGACUCAGCUGCAGUCUGUCCAGGCCUUGUCGAGCGCGGCGGAGCAGUCGUUUGGGAACGUUGCUGGUCACUUCAAGACAACCCUCGAUCGAGUCAGCAACUUGGGCGAGGUGGUGGAAAUGGAUAUCGGCGACAUGCGGGACGGGCUAGAUCCGCUCGCAUCGCAGCUCUGUCACCCUCUGGCCAACCUGCGCGAGGGCAUUGCGAGCGCUUCAUUGCAGGAGUACCAGUCAACGGGUGAGACGCCGCAGAAGGUGCUGUAUUCCUACUCCAGAACACUGCCACGCACCGAACCGCACGACGUCAUCAUGUCCAAGCUCGGGGAGACAGAAGUGGACGAGGAAAACGUCGACGAGGAUGUUGGCGAGUUCGACGGCAGCAUCGUCUUCUCGGAUCUCGACGCCAAUGGACGGAAAAUGGCCCCCCAGCCAUCCAGCGUCAACAGUCUGGAAAAGACUUCGAUGAGCAUGAGCCUCCGCGAGGUCAACCCGAAUGUGACGACUGCUCCGACCGCGGCCGCGACCACUGGGAUAAGUAACUUCGACCCCAGUGCAAGCACCAUGUCCGUACCAGCGGGUCGUGUCACCUUGCCCGAUCUCAAGGAAAGCAUUGUCAAAUCAGCUCGUGGCAUAUGUCCAAAGGGAUCGGUGUCUGUUGAAGGCAGGGAGAAUCUCACGCCGACGACGGACAUGUUCGCGCAGGGCAGGUCAAGGCGUAAGAGUCCAAGGUUCAGUUGA